GAUACAGUAAACAUGGCUGAAGGCGGCAGUGAAUCUCGAGUUGAUAUUGUUGCAAACCAUGUGUCUAAGUCAGGUGAAGCUGAUCUCAGAAGUGUCCUGGUUACAAGUGUUUUGAAUUUAGACAAGCUCGACACCGACCUGUACAGAGGGACACAUCACUGGGUUCCUCGCACUAAACGGCUCUUCGGGGGCCAGAUUGUUGGCCAGGCUCUUGUAGCUGCAGCCAAUUCUGUCAGUGAGCAUCUCUAUGCCCAUUCACUGCACUGCUACUUUGUGAGAGCAGGGGACCCGAAGGUCCCAGUGCUGUACCAGGUGGAGAGGACUCGGGAUGGCCGCAGUUUCUGUGUGCGAUCUGUCAAAGCCAUUCAGCAUGGUCAGCCCAUUCUGAUCUGUCAGGCGUCGUUUCACCUGCAGCAGCCGAGUCCACUGGAGCAUCAGUUCAUCAUGCCCUCGGUCCCUCCGCCGGACACGCUGCUCACCGUCGAGGAGCUCAUCCAGCACUACCUCAGCAAUCCAAACCUGGCAGACAAUACGCGACAUGGUUUAAAUAAAAUCCUUGCUGAUGAAGUUCCUAUAGAGAUCAAGCCAGUCAACCCACCUGAUUUCUACAGACGUGUUGCCAUGGAACCCAAGAAAUUGUUCUGGGUGCGAGCGAGAGGACAUAUAGGAGCUGGUGAUAUGAAGCUGCACUGCUGCGUGGCAGCGUAUGUGUCGGACUACUCUUUCCUGGGGACCGCACUGUUACCUCACCCGCGUCACAGGGCCCAGUUCUCAGCCUCGCUCGAUCAUGCCAUGUGGUUUCACAGCACCUUCAGAGCAGACGAGUGGAUGCUCUAUGAAUGUGAAAGCCCAUGGUCAGGAGGCAGCAGAGGAUUCGUCCAGGGCCGCUUGUGGAGACAGGAUGGCGUUCUCGCAGCUUCCUGUGCACAAGAGGGAGUGAUACGAGUGAAGACGGCUCCUCAGAGUAAACUGUAGAGGACUGAAGAUAGUAAACAUGCCUUACAAAAGUUGCAAGACUGACUUUUUUGUUUCUCAUAUUACAAUGCACAUUCAGUGAGGCAGUGUAUGCAAUAACAACACAAACCAUUUUAAAUCCUGUUUAAAAAAAUGUAUUUCAUAAUUGCAGAAGUUUCUUUAUAGCCUCUUUAUUGUCUUUCUGUGUUAAAUUACACUUGAAGUCUUCAAGGACACUAGCUCCGCCGUUAAACACUUGAGUUUUUAAUGUGGACCAUUUUUCACAAGUCAAAAUUAUUUAUAUUUUGCUUAUUAUCAAUAAACAUAACAAUCUGA